AUGGCCGUGAACGUGUUGGUGCCGCUGCUCAUUCCCCUCGGCGAGCAGCUCACGAAUGGCCCGAGUGUCACCUUCCGCGUGGUGGAGGGGGGCGAGGAGGGGCUCUUCUCCCUCCACCCCUCCAGCGGCCGCCUCUCCCUCCUCAAGAACCUGGACUACGAGAGCAAGCAGCAGCACGAGCUGGUGGUGGAGGCCGCGGCGGGUCGUCACCGCAGCCGGGCCGGCGUGGCGCUGCUGGUGCGGGACGUGAACGAGUACCCGCCGGUGUUCCCGCGCGGCCUGCACCAGACGCAGAUCACCGAGGAGGACGACAGCGGCCUGCCCAAGACCAUUCUCACGGUACGGGCGAAGGAUGAGGAUGCUGGGGAGUGGGGGAGAGUACGGUACACGCUCUCUGGGGAUGGCGUCACCUCCUCCCCAACCUCCUCCCCUUCUUCCUCCCCCUCCUCUUCCUCCUCCUCCUCCUCCUCGAGUCCCAGCUUCUCUAUCCAUCCUACGUCAGGGGAAAUUUAUCUCCUGAAGCCGCUGGACCGGGACCCGCCCCACGGCCGCCCCCAGUGGCGCCUGCGCGUGGUAGCCACGGACGGGGAGCUGAGCGCCGCCACGCACGUGCACGUCAACCUCAAGGACGUCAACGACAACGCGCCGUACUUCCCCACGCCGCGCCUGGCCGUGGCCGUGCCCGAGGACGCGCCCAGGGGCGCCUCCGUGGCCCAGGUGCUGGCGCGGGACAACGACGACCCUCGGGAGGGCGGCCACGCGCGGCUCACCUACUCGCUGCUCAAGAACGUGGUGGACGAGGCCAGCGGGCGGCAGCUGUUCACCGUGGACGGCCGCACGGGGCUCGUCACCACGGCGCUCUGCUGCCUCGACAGGGAGCGGGCGGCGCGAUACACCCUCACGGCGGCGGCGACGGACGGCGGGGGGCUCAAGGCCACGGGCACGGUGCUGGUGGAGGUGACGGACGUUAACGACACGCCGCCGAGGUUCGCGCGUCGCUCCUGGCAACUCCACGUGCGCGAGAACCAGGCGAGGGACGCAGCGCUGGCCGGCCUGCCCGUGACGGACCGCGACGCCCGCACCACGCUGGCCUUCGCGGUGGUGCCGGAGAGCGGUCGGGGGUGGCAGCUGUUCAGUGUGGAGGCCGGGGGGGGCGAAGGGGGCGGGGGGCACGAGGGGGGUGUCCUGAAAGCCCUCGUUCCCCUGGACUUCGAGAACCCGGACCACCGCGGGGAGUUUCGCUUCAAGGUGCAGGUCACGGACAAGGGGGUGCAGGGUUGGCAGCAGCAGGGGCGGCAGGGGGAAGCGCAGGGCCACGUGGACGAGGCGUGGGUGAGCGUGUGGGUGACGGACGCCAAUGACAACACACCCACGCUGAGCCACGCCCACGCCCACCGCACCCUGCCCGAGGACACCCCCGUGGGGACGCACCUGGCAGCCUUCCCCGCCCACGACGCCGACAAGGGCGGGCAGAGUCGCAUCAGCUACGCCGUGGCCCCGGAGAGUGACCCGCGGGGAAUAUUCAGCGUGGACGGGACCGGGGCUGUGCUGCUGGCCGGGGCGCUGGACCGAGAGACGCAGGCCGCCCACACGGUGCUGGUGUGGGCGGUGGAUGACGGGGAGCCGCCCAGGACAGCCACCGCCACCCUUACCCUCAACGUGACGGACGUGAACGACAACGCGCCGUUCCUCCGAGAGCCGCGUGAGGUGACGGUGCAGGAGAACGCGGGGCCCAGGGAGGUGGCGCGGGUCAGGCUGGGGGACCGGGACAGCUGGGGGGAGGGUCACGGCCCCCCCUUCACCCUGGCCCUGGACCCCCGCGCCCCCCCCCACGUGGCGGCGGUGAUACAGGUGACGCUGGACCCAGGCGGCGACGAGGGGCGGGGCGUGGGUGUCGUGGGCACCCGCGCGUCGCUGGACCGGGAGGCGGGGCGGGUGGUGCUGGUGCCCCUGGUGGUGGGGGAUGCGGGGCGGCCCCUCCCCCGCACCGCCACCGUCACCCUCACCCUGUACGUAGGGGACGAGAACGACAACCCCAUGACGCCCGCCGCCAAGACUGUGGCCGCCCACGUGUUGGCCACCCCCAGGCUCCAGUUCCCCCAGCCCCCCGUGGUGCCCCUGGGCCGGGUGUACGUGCGGGACCCUGACGACUGGGACGCCGCCUCCAAGCGCUACGCCUGGCGGGGGCCACGUCACCCUGCUUUCACCCUGGACCCUGCCACGGGGCACCUCACCAUGGGGGCCGCCACACAGGAGGGGAGGUACGAGUUGGCGUUCAGCGUGAGCGACGAGGCGCAGGGCCAGGUGGGGGUGGAGGCCAAUGUUACGGUGGAGGUGCGGGCCGUGAGUGCCAGUGCCGCCGAGGGUGCCACGCCCCUCACACUGGAAGCACCGCCGCGCCAGGUGGUGAGGGAGCAGGGCGGCGAGUCGGUGCUGAGCCGUCUGGUGGAGGCCGCGGGUGUGUGGGUGACGGGGGGCGGCACAGGGGUGGUGGCGGUGUGCGUGGAGCCGCUGGGUUCCGAGCCACAGCAGCACACUAGGGUCUGGCUCGCUGCAGGCUCAUCCACAUCAUCCACGUCAUCGUCAUCCACAUCCACCUCCGCUAGUUCCAGUUCAUCGUUAUUUUCUACAUCGUCUUCCUCAUCCGCAUUUCAUCCACUUCACAGUUUCCACAACCUUCUCCUCCUUCAUCAAGAUAAGCUGAGUGAGGCUGCGGGAGUCUCAGUGACGGAGGUGGGGGCGGGGGCAUGUCCUGAGGGGGCGACGGCGGGGUGUGCGGGCGGGUGUGUGCUGCGGGCGGGGCUCAGCGAACACUUUGUCUUGGUGGACGCAAACACCUCCUCCAUCGUGGGGCCGCAGCUCAGCCUCCGCCCGGCCUGCAGCUGUGGGGCGGCGGCAGCGGAGGAGGCGAAGGAGGGGGGAUGUGUCAAGGGAAGCUGUCUGAAUGGCGGCCGAUGUGUGCGUACUUCCGAGGGUGCAAGGUGUGUCUGCCCCCACCACACCCACGGGUCCAGGUGCAAGAUGCUGGCCAGGCACUUUGACGGGGGCGGGGCGGGUGACGGGGGGCAGGCGUGGGUGUGGGUGCCCCCCGUGCCCCCCUGCCCUGACAUACACCUCAGCCUGGAGUUCCUGACACACUCCCCCGACGCAACACUCCUCUACGCCGGCCCCCACAGUCCCCCACCCACACCCAGCCCUCACCCACCACCCGCUUCCACCCACAAUGCAACACAGCCGCCGCCCACACCCUCCCCGCCAAAUAAAGACGUCUUGGCCCUUGAGUUACGGGCGGGGCGGCCGUGGGUGCUGCUGGACUUGGGCGGGGGGCCGGUCAGCCUCGGCCUCAACACCUCCGCCCUCGCCGACAACACCUGGCACCGCCUUGACCUGCUCUGGGCCCGGCAGAUGGUGGUGCUGCUGGUGGACCUGUGUGCCGGCGGGAGUCUGGAGGCCACGCCCACCACCCCAACCACCACACCCAGAGUGCCUCACAACCACACCGCCCCCACCACACCCCCGCCGCCCACCCCCACCCCCUGCCGGGCCUGGGCGAGGCUACCUGAGGGGGGCCGCUACCUGGACACCCCCGGGCCGCUGCAGGUGGGGGGCUGGGCGCACCCCCCGCCCCCCCACGCUGAGUAUGGGUGGCCCAGACCCCUGGUGGAGCGCCCCUUCACCGGCUGCAUCAGGAACCUGCGGCUCAAUGGGGAGCUCAUUGACCUUGGCCGGGGCUUGCUGGGGCGUCGCAGUGCCCCGGGGUGCCCCGCCGCUGACUGUGCCGCCCAGAGACUCACCUGUGGCCCCCAUGCCAGGUGCGUUGGUUCCCCUGGCGGCCUGCGGUGUGAGUGUGAGGCCGGGUGGGCGGGUGACGGCUGCUCCGCCCCCACCCGGCCCACAGACUUCCUCCCUCACAGCUACAUCCGUCUGGCCCUCUCCUUCACGCCCCUCACACACGCCACCUCGCUGCAGCUCAGGUUCCGCACGAGGCAGCAGGACGGGCAGCUGGCGGUGUUGUCGUCCCAGCGCGGCCACGACCGUCUGGCGCUGCAGCUGGUGCACGGCCGCCUGUGUCUGCUGCUGCACACACACCCACGCCGCCCACGCCUGGCUAAAGUGCUCACGUCGUCAGGGCUGCCAGGUGAGGGGAAGGGAGGGGGUGGUGCAGGUGUGGGAGGGUUUGGGGAGGUGUGUGGCAGGCAUGGCUCCAGCACCCUCCUGUCAGUGGACGAGGGCGACGGUGAGCUGUACAACGCCUCUAUACCACUGGGGGACGCUGAGGCCGCCAACGCGAACACCACCACGCUGUUACAGGUGGACGGCCAGGUGGGGCUGCACAUUGGCGGCUCACCGGAGUACGCAGGUGUGAGCGUCAUCAAGAUACACGGCGACUAUCAUGAUGGGUGCGUGGAUGACGUGCGGGUGUCCGGGCGGGUGUUGCCCCUCCCCCCCGCCCACAACAACACCCAGUGGGGCCAGACCAGCAUGUUCCAGGGGGUGCGGGAUGGCUGUGGCGCCCCCCCGGCCUGCACCAAUGUCACCUGCUCCCUCCCCCUCACCUGUGUCGACACCUGGCGGGCCUACCACUGCGGGUGUGGGGCGGGCCAGGUGUUGUCAGGUACGCGGGACAGCUGUGUGGACGAGGACGAGUGUGCCUGGGAGCCCUGUCUGCACGGCGGCACCUGUGUUAACGAGCAAGCAGGUUUCUUGUGCCGGUGUGCCUCGGGGUUCAGCGGGCGUCACUGUCACCUGAGUGGCCCCACCGACGCCUCCCUCAGGAUAUCCCUCACCGCCACCGUGGCCACCGUCGCCUGGUCCGUCCUGCUCCUGUUGGUGAUAUGUGCCUUGCUCCUGCACCAACACCACCGCCGGGCAGCGCUGAGAAGGGGCUGCCCGGGGCGGGUGAACGGGGACCACCAGCGCACCACGUCCCCGCCGCUGGGCCGACCACACCCACACGGAGCCAACGGACAGCCUGCCUGGACCACUGGGGUCGGGGGAGAGCCGGACGUCCUGGAGCUGCAGUCGAACCACCGUCACCCAGGGGCCCGCCAGACACCCACAGGGGAGACCGAGUUAACUGGGGAGAAGACACCGAGCAAGAGAAGGAAGGGGAGUGUAAACGGCAUCAAUGGUCAUGGUGGCGGGGAGAAGAGAAGAGGAGGAGGAGGAGGAGGAGGAGGAGGAGGGGAUGUAGCUGCCGGAGAUGACCUGAGGAACUACUCUUAUGAGGGAGAAGGGUCAUCGCCUGGCUCUCUGUCUUCAUGCCUGGAGAGCUGUGGGGGCAGUGCAAAGUUCCUGGGCGGCUUCAGGGAGGUGGCGCGGGCCCUGGAGAACUGGGAGGCUCCGAGCGCGCGGUCCACCCACUCCACACCCACCAAGGCUGACCCCUCCCUUUCCUCCCCCCCACCCUCCACCACCCUCUGCCCCCACCACUAUCAACACCAGUGCCCCCCCUCACCCAUACUUAGCCAUAUCACCCCCUGCCCCCCUUCUCCCCCUCUCUCUGUCCUCGCCCCCCCCACCACUGCCCUCCCGCCCCUCACUAUCCCGCCCCCUCUCCUGGCUUCUGAGGAUGUGACCAGAGGAUAUCCUACGCCGGAGUCCUAGUGAUACUCAAGGGCCGGCCAUAAGCAACAACAAACAAACAAACAAACAAACACAACGACAACAACAACAACAACAACAACAACAACCCAACAACGACAACAAGACCUAACCCCAAGAAUUCAUGACCUGCCCUGACCUGACCUGACCUCUGCCACCCGCCUGAGAUGGAUGACCUAAGUGGGUGUAAGGGUGAGGGAAGGGGGCUGAUGUCAAAUCACCCGCCCUCACCCACAAGAGAGAGAGAGAGAGAGAGCGAGAGGGAGAGAGAGAGAGAGAGAGAGAGAGAGAGAGGGUUGGAUGCCACCUCUUUUGCUAAUGGUCUGCCUACUGUGACUACUACUACUACUACUACUACUACUACUACUUCUUCUGCUCAGUGGGAAUCAGUGUGAGUUGUUAAAAAGAAGGAAAAGGAAAGGAAAGGAAAGUAAAAAAGGAAGGGAUAAGAAAGGAAAGGAAGGAAAAGGAAUGGAAAGGAAAAGAAAGGAAGGGAAAGCAGUGGAAAAGCAGAAUUAGGAAGGGAAAGCAAGGAAAAGGAAAGGAAAGGAAAAGAAAGGGAAGGAGAGGAAAGGAAAGCAAUAGAAGAGAAGAAAAGGGAAGGGAAAGGAAGAGAAACGAAGGGAAAGAAAAAGAAAGGGAAGGAAAGGAAGGGAAAACAGUGGAAAAGAAGAAAAAGGAAGGGAAAGGAAGAGAGGAAAGAAGAUGAAAAGAAUGGAAAGAGGAGAGCAGAAAAGAAAAGAAAAGAAGAGAAAAUGACAGGAAAGGGAACAAAGAUUUAGGGUGCAAUUUCAAGAGGGUAAGGAAUGAGUUUUAAGAAUGUGCUGUACAGGAAGGGAAUACUUAUAAAUUUUGACCUUACCAGAAUAUAAGUGUGGAGGUCAUUCCCUUUUUAACCCCUUGACUGUGGAUUUCCUACCAGAAGACAUCACCAAGCUACAGGAAUGGAGCAAAAAGUGGCUGCUAUAAUUCACUGAAGAAAAAUGUGAAGUCCUGCAGCUUGGGAGGGGAAAUCCAGCACACCAAUACCACAUGGGAAACACUGUACUAUCCACCACAGAGGCAGAGAAAGACCUGGGAGUGUAUGUGACCAGGCUACCAGUGAAGGGAUAUCCAGCACACCAAUACCACAUGGGAAACACUCCACUAUCCACCACAGAGGCAGAGAAAGACCUGGGAGUGUAUGUUACCAGGCUACCAGUGAAGGGAUAUCCAGCACACCAAUACCACAUGGGAAACACUCCACUAUCCACCACAGAGGCAGAGAAAGACCUGGGAGUGUAUGUUACCAGGCUACCAGUGAAGGUGAAAUCCGUGCCAAUCGCAGUGGACGGGUUAAUUUUCUGGAUAACAAUGAUAUGACUCAAAUAAUAACACUAAUAAUAAUAUGAUGAUGAUGGUGAUAAAUGUGUAAAAACUAUAUCCUGUCUGAAUAGAAAAGAAAGAGGACUAACAAAAAAAUACCGAUGUGUGAAAUGGAUAUAUAUACUUUUUUUAUCGUCUGUACAAAUAAGCGAUCGAGGUGUCUGUCCCGUACCUGGAGUGUCAAAUAAAGUGUUAUCUAUUCCUUGUGUCA